UCUGCUUAGGCCCUUCCCACUUCGCCAGUCCUACAACUUCCGCAUAGUUGUCUGGGAAACUGCUUACUUCCGCCGGGCAGCCGUGGGCGGGGCCAAGAUGGCUGAGGAGAGAACUGUGAUGAGAACUCAGCUUCCCACAUCUGCUGAAUCUCAAAACCCCCAGCUAAAAAAAGCUCUAGAGUUUCCUAUUUUGGAGAAGCAGAACUGGUUGAUACAUCUCCACUAUAUCCACAAGGAUUAUGAAGCAUGCAAGGCUGUUAUCAAAGAACAGCUUCGGGAGACCCAGGGGUUGUGUGAAUAUGCUCUCUAUGUCCAAGCACUGAUAUUUCGCCUGGAAGGAAAUAUCCAAGACUCCCUAGAACUCUUUCAGACGUGUGCUGUUCUCAGCCCUCAGUGUGCUGAUAACCUCAAGCAGGUGGCCAGAUCUCUAUUUCUUUUGGGAAAACAUAAAGCUGCCACUGAAGUAUAUAACGAAGCAGCUAAACUUAACCAGAAAGAUUGGGAGAUCUGUCAUAACCUAGGAGUUUGCUACAUUUAUCUGAAACAGUUCAACAAGGCACGAGACCAGUUGCACCAUGCCCUACAUCUUAACAGGCAUGAUCUGACUUACAUAAUGCUGGGGAAGAUUCACUUGCUGGAGGGAAACUUGGACAAAGCCAUCGAAAUUUACAAGAAAGCUGUGGAAUUCUCACCAGAAAAUACAGAACUUCUCACAACUUUAGGAUUACUGUACUUACAGCUUGGCAUUUACCAGAAGGCAUUUGAAUACCUUGGAAAUGCACUGACUUACGACCCUACCAACUACAAGGCCAUUUUGGCAGCAGGCAGCAUGAUGCAGACCCAUGGAGACUUUGAUGUUGCCCUCACCAAAUACAGAAUUGUAGCUUGUGCUGUUCCAGAAAGUCCUCCACUCUGGAAUAACAUUGGAAUGUGUUUCUUUGGCAAGAAGAAAUACGUAGCAGCUAUCAGCUGCCUGAAACGAGCCAACUACUUGGCACCCUUUGAUUGGAAGAUUCUCUAUAAUCUGGGCCUUGUGCACUUGACCAUGCAGCAGUAUGCGUCAGCUUUCCAUUUUCUCAGUGCAGCCAUCAACUUCCAGCCCAAGAUGGCGGAGCUCUACAUGCUCUUGGCUGUGGCUCUGACCAAUCUCGAAGAUACUGAGAAUGCCAAGAGAGCCUACGCAGAAGCAGUCCAUUUGGAUAAGUGUAACCCUUUAGUGAACCUCAAUUACGCUGUGUUGCUGUACAACCAGGGCCAGAAGAGGGAGGCCCUGGCCCAGUAUCAGGAGAUGGAGAAGAAAGUCAACCUACUCAAGGACAGCAGCUCUCUGGAAUUUGACUCUGAGAUGGUGGAGGUGGCUCAGAAGUUGGGAGCUGCUCUCCAUGUUGGGGAGGCACUGGUCUGGACUAAACCAGCUAAAGAUUCCAGAUCACAGCACCGGACCACUUCAGCCAGCAAAGCUGCCUGUUUCCAGCAGCCCCUGGGCUCUAAUCAAGCUCUAGGACAGGCCAUGUCUUCAGCAGCUGCAUACAGGAAGCUCCCCUCAGUAGGGGAGGAGAGGCCACAAAUGAAGAACUUGAGCUACACCUGAGGUUCCAGAGGUUGUUGCUGUGAGCUGGUGUGAACCCACUGCCCUGCCACCAGCUGCCGAGUCGAGCCUCCUCUUUGAACAAACCGAGAAGGCUCACCAUCCCUUCCAGCUGCUGUUUCGUGCUGGGCUAGCUACUUGAUACUAGUAUCUUCUGUCUCUUUAAAACAGAGGACAGACCUGUAGUUCAGGCUCAGUGUCAGGGACUGUCCAGCCAGUGGUGGGGAAGGCAAGAUGAUCCAACACCUCUCAAAAGCAGAGUAACAUAGACUCACAAGUCAAAGAUGAAAUGACUUCUACUGCAUCUAGCUCCAGAAUGAGAGAACAAAAUAAACUGCAAACAGACUUAGGAUUCCUGAAAUGUAAUUGUUUUUAAUAUAUUUAAAAGCACAUAGAAGUCCUUGAUUUAUAAAAAAAAUAAAUACGUGACAUGACCAAUAUCUUCAUGAUCCUGGGGCUCUUAUGAGGUCAAACUCUGUAAUGGAUGUGACAUGUCCACGUAAAACACACACAGCCAGUCACACACAGAGGCACAUUCCAGUUGUAAAUGCAGAUUCCUCCACGGACCAGCACAAACAAAGAGCAGUCUUCUGCUGGAGAAAGUAUGUCCAGAGCUGGGCAAUGAGGUUAGGCGGGCACAGUAGUCUCUGACCAGCUGGCAUACAAUCUAAGAGUCAGGGCAGGAGGGCCACCCUGCAGGUCGGCCAGGCUUCUAAACCCACGCGGGACGGCCGGUUCCCUCCCUGGGCCCCGGGCUCCCACCUCACUGCAACGGUGAAGCACAGGGGGGAAGGAUUCUGUCCUUACUUGUGGCUCUGUCUUAUGUUUGAGACAAGACUGAGAAGAUAUGCUCAUUAAGUAUUUUCAUUACAGCACUGAAUGGAACUCAUGACCCUGACCUCGAGCACUGAGUGGACA